UUAUAUAAUUAGCAAAUAUAUGUUUGUUAAAAAGAAUAUCGCCGAAGUAAGAGCGGCAUUAGAAAGUUAUAUAAAACCACUUCACAGCGUUGAUACUGGUGCUGGUACGUCAAAAGCUGGUUCUGCAGAUGCCACCUCGCCCUUGCCUUCAUCGUCUACCAAUUCUUCAAUGGCCAUUACAUUAUCAACCAAACCAACGGACAUUUCACAUUUAUUAAGGCGUAAAAGAGUGAACGAGUCCACUUCAGAAGCACAAGCUGCAUUGCCGGCAAAACGUCCAGCAUUGUAAAUGGUUCUUCAAUUUACAAAAAACCGCAUUCCAAUAAACGGGGAGAAUAAUAAAAAUAAGAAGGAAUAUAAAUAUUAUACCCUAUAUACACCUUAAAUACUUUCAUUGAUGUCAUCAAAUUUGUAUUUCCUUGCAUUUCCAUUUAAAAAAUAAAGUGAAAAUUUUUUUUUGUUAUUUUUUCUUAAUAUAUAUAGAUUUAUUAACAUUUCCGUGUACAAUUAAUAAAAAGUGCAUACCGCAAAAGCAUAUAGCAGAAUAGGAAAUUUCUUUCUAUGACAAGAAUCGCAUUAAGCAAAAUUAAUACUUUAUAAUAUUUAUAUCGGACAAUAAUCUAAAACUUCUAGCAAAUAUUUACGAAAAUCACCUAACAUUUGAGGAUAAAAAUUGACGCGACCCUUACAUAUAUAUACUUUGCAUUAAUAGUCUACGAUCUAAUGGAGAUGGACUGGAAUCAUUUAAAAGUUCAAUGCAAACAAAGUUCUAAUUAACUAGGGGAAACACCUACAACUACGUCACUAGAACGAACUCAAAUGACAAAACGUUUCUUUGAAUUUGAAAUAGAUAUGUACUGUCGACUGUUUAGAUUAAAAAAAUUUCAAGUAAUUUUUCACGCAAAUCUGAGAAGUGUGUAAAUACUUUAGAAAGGAUAAAGACGAUUUGGGGAAAACUUGCAAUUA